UCUACAUUGUGUGUAUAGAUUAUGAGCAAUAACAUGACUGAUAGAGGAAGAGGGAGAGGCACUGGUAGAGGUAUUAGUAGAGGUAGGGGAAGAGGGAGAGGUAGAGGUACCACCAUUGUGCCACCACCUUCUACUUCUCAGCCAAUACAUUCUAUUGGAGAACCCUCUCAUUGUACUACACAACCUACACAUGGUUCCACCUCCCAAACACCUACAACUCCCCAAAGUAACCAAGCUACACCUACCCCUCAUGUUACUUCCACUUCCCAACCACAUUUAGUUCCUCAAACUAACCAGUCUAUACCUACCCCUCAUGUUCCUUUAACACAAUUCCCAAAUAUGAUUGAAAGACCACAAACAAAUCCCUCCAUUGAUGCUACUGGUAGUCCAAUUGUUGGAUCAUCAUCCUCUAUUGAUCCAUCUUUAGAAAUUGGAAGCUUUGACUCUGAUGGACGUAUUUGGAUUCGCCCAGGUCCACAAAACACAUUCGACCCACCAAUUCACCCUACCCGUGAAAUUUCAAGAAUAAUCAAAGGGAAGUUUGAAGGGUCAUGGGAAUCAUAUGGAGAGGUUAAAAGCACUAAUGAAGGUGUGGCAAACAUGUGGUUUGAAGAGUUUCAGAGAAAGUUCAAGUGGCUGCCUGAUCAUGAUGCACAAAUAAGAAAAGCAUUUGACCAUAAAGCAUCUGAAGGGCUUUCAAAUGCUAUGUAUAGGGUGCGACGAGGCAUUGAUCAAGGGAGUUGGAUUCCAAAGCAAAAACUUGUAGAACUUCAACAAAAAUGGAAUGAUGAGAAUUGGAAACAUAAGUCAAUGACUAAUGCUAAUAAUAGAAAUUCUUCUGAUGGUUCAUUGCAUACUGGAGGAUCCAUUCCUACUUCUGAGCAUUUUAAGAGAUUGAAAAUAUCUACAGAUAUGACUCCAACAUGUUGGGACCUAUUCCAAAAGACCCAUAAGACAGCAAACGGGAAUACAUGGGUGUCUUCCAAGGCAGAAAGGAUAGCGGUAAGUUAUAAUUUUAUAUAUAUUGAAUUAUGAAGAACUUGAUUGAUUCUGUUAGAGAGAUAAUAAUGAUUAUGUUUGCAAGACUUGACAUAUAAUGGUUAUAUUAGAGACAGAACAAUGGUUAUGUUUCAACAAUGGUUAUGGUACUGUCAAAGUUGUCAUGUUCUGUCCUUCACUGUCGACUUGACAUAUUAAGAUAGGUUACAGUUAAUGGUCUCAAAAUUGCAAGCUAUACCAUUUAUAGUAUGUAAUUUUUUUA